GAGAACGGUGCCAUCAUCCACUACCACGUGGGUGACUCUUCUAAUCCUCGUCCGUUAACCGCCAAUUCCAUGUACCUGGUGGACUCCGGGGGUCAGUACAACACAGGUACAACCGACGUCACUCGAACGGUCCAUGUGGGCACGCCCACGGCUGAGCAACGGGAGGACUUCACUCACGUGCUGAAGGCACACAUUGGUCUGGCCACUGUAGUAGGUUUCAUGUUUCACCGACUCUCUUCCACUGAGCGGCAGCUUGUGCUACUAUUAGUGACCUGA